AAGAGUUGGUCUUAGAAUCUGUCAGUAUCAACGACGGGUAACAACAACUGCUUUUUUUCCACGCGACAGUAUCUCAUCGAAAUGAUUCAAACCCCGUUUCGCUCUCUCACUAACCCAACCCAAGUUCUUCUUCCGCCUUCUUCUUCUUCUUCUUCUUCUUGCCCUUCUUCCCUCAGAUUCUCGUCGACCCUCUUCUCCUUCAGAGGGUUUUCUCUUUCUUCGGUUACUCCGAAACACAAAAGUCCGCUUUUGUCACCUUUGAAAUCGUCGAUGGCGGAGUCCCAGAAGAGCAAUGCGGUUGUCGAGGUCUUCGAAAAAGAGGAGCUUCCGGUGUCUCUGGCCAAAUACGUCGCUGAUGUCUCCAACAAGUUCACCACUGAAAGAGGCGCUUUCACCGUUUGCUUGUCCGGUGGCUCUCUCAUCAGUUAUCUCAGGAAAUUGCUGGAACCACCUUAUGUUGAUUCUCUUGAAUGGUCUAAGUGGCAUGUGUUUUGGGUGGAUGAGAGAGUAGUGCCCAAGACUCAUGAAGAUAGUAACUACAAACUUGCUUAUGAUGGAUUGCUAUCCAAGGUGCCCAUUCCUCCUGGCAAUGUUUAUGCAAUCAAUGAUGCCCUGUCAGCUGAGGGAGCGGCUGAGGAUUACGAGACAUGUCUCAGACAGUUGGUCAAGAACGGUGUGAUAGCUUCAUCAUCAGUCACCGGAUUCCCCAAAUUUGAUCUCAUGCUGCUUGGUAUGGGUCCAGAUGGCCAUGUAGCAUCUUUAUUCCCAGGGCAUCCUCUUUUGAAGGAGAAUAAAAAAUGGGUUACCUUCAUCAAGGACUCCCCAAAACCGCCCCCGGAGCGUAUAACUUUCACUUUUCCAGUGAUCAAUUCCUCUGCUUACACUGCACUUGUGGUGACCGGUGCUGGAAAAUCGGACGCAGUUCACUCUGCGCUGCGCGGAUCUCAAAAUUCUCCUAAGCUUCCUGCUGCAAUGGUUUCACCUGAAGGAGAGUUGAAAUGGUUCUUAGACAAGGGUGCAGCCUCAAAGCUGUAGAUCCUGCAGUGUUGAUCAUGUAUUGUUCUUGUGUAUUUUGCCUUUGAAGUUGAUCAAUGUUUUCACAUUAACUUAAACGGAAUAAGACUUUUUUCUCUCUUAAUAAUGAGGAGACAUAGAAGGAGAUAAAAGAAAACCUUGCAGCUCUUCCAAAUGAUGUGAAGCCAAUAAGAAUGGUGGCCGCCAACCUUGAUGGCUGCUCAUAACUUUGUAUUUUGACCAAAGAAGAGAGCUUCCUGUUACUUGCAUCGUUUGAGGAGUACUGCAGAAUGGUAAUGUGAAAAUUUAGUAAAAGUAAUCUUUUCCAAA